UGCUUUAUUUUCGUCUCUGUUAGACAUAAUGCAGUUCGCAAUCCUCGUCGUGACCUUAGCCGUGGGCGUCUCCGCGCAGUUCUUCCCCCAACAGGAACUGUCCUUCGCCAUCCAGCCGCCUCCAGUCCAGCAGCCCCUAGGGGCCCAGCAGUUCGCUCAGCAGAACUACGCGCACAGAGCCGUAGUGGCUAACGCCGAGAGAGAGGCACAGUUGCCCGCACAUCUGCUCAACCCAUUCUACAAGAACCAGCGGAUCGCAGGGGCUCUCGCCAAGGAGAGUUGGUUCACUCCCGGUGAGAACCUCGUGGUGGACCGAGAGGCCGAGAAGAUCCCCCGCCAGAGGAUAUACUCCGUGCUCAAGAAUGCAGGCCUCGUCAACCGCAGGAGAAGGUAGAGUGAUCUCAGUGAACAGUGGAAGUGACGUACAACUUGUAACUUCAUAUGUGCCUUAAAUUUGAACAAUUCUGACCAAUCAUGAUCAGUACUCAGAUUAUGAAUAAGUAAAAAUCAAGACUUCAAAAUUUCACAAGUUAGCUUUUUGAAAAGGUUUUAAUCUAGGUUAUUCUCAGAUGGCACCAGGUUGCCAAACAGCUCAUCCAACCAAUCUUUCAAAUCUUCAGCAAACAUGUUAGUGUGGUACAUAGACGUAACAUCAUUGUAAAUAGCCAUCAUCAUACCAUUGGAAUAACUUAAGUCCAUUUCACUAUGUAUAUAAGUAUUUUGUUAUAGUGUCAAAUUAAAAUGUUAAUUUAG